CGGCAUGGAAUUGUCAUGAUGCUAGCAAGCGAACAUUUCUUUCACCUGGUGCCCCUGAUCCACCGCACCAUGGCAGACCCCGAACUCGACUUCACCACUGGAGAGUCUGGCGCCUCCGCCACCAUUCCCAUGCAGUGCUCUGCCCUGCGGAAGAACGGCUAUGUGGUGCUCAAGGGACGCCCCUGCAAAAUUGUGGAGAUGUCCACUUCCAAGACCGGAAAGCACGGUCACGCCAAGGUUAAUAUGGUGGGCAUCGACAUUUUCACCAACAAGAAGUACGAGGACAUGUGUCCUUCUACCCACAACAUGGAUGUUCCGCACAUCAAGAGGAACGAGUUCCAGCUGUUGAACAUCAACGACGGAUUCAUGUCCCUCAUGGCUGACAACGGAGACGUCAGGGAGGAUCUGCGUGUGCCUGAUUCUGAGCUUGGCAAGGAGAUCGAGCAGAGGUUUGCUGCCCAGGAGGACAUCCUGGUGUCUGUGCUGUCUGCUAUGGGGGAGGAGUGUGCUGUGGCCAUUAAGCAGAUGACCGGCAAAUAGAAAGACCGGACUGGGCUGCCCAGGCAUCAAACUCCACCCACAACCAGUCUCUAGCAUUCUUAUUUGUUCUUCUGUCACCAAAGCGACGGCCUUCACAGACAACCUCAAUCCUUCUGUUGUGAUUAUUUCCUUUUUUUUUUUCUCACACUUGUUUUGGUUUCUCGCUUUCUCCGAUGCUGUCGGACUGUCCCACUGUUACCGCGGCUGACUGGCUGUGCAGAGUGGCAUUCUGCCGGAUCACUGAGGUUUUGUUUAGUUAUACAUAAUCUACUAUAUAAAGAAAAGUACUUUAAAAAAAAUAUAGAGAAUCUUUUUUUCUUUUCUUUUUUUUUUUUUUACUACUUCCUCAUUCCUCUGUUUAUUUUUGCCUUCGAGAUGUUUUUGGUCUUGCCACAUACAUUCCUGAAUGUUUAAAAUAAUAAUGAUGGGAUCCAGCUUUUUGUAUGAUUAUUUUUUUAUAUUCCUUAGAUUGAGUAGAGCAGGUCUGACGCCUUUGGGGGGGGGCGGGGGCGGGGGGGGCCCCGUCCGGGUGAGGUUGGCCCCGUUUACUGACAAACUCCCUUAAGGUUGUUCUUCUCCGGCAGCCGUAAUGCUACUUCCCAGCAUGGCCUCUCUGCUCUGGCAAAUCAAGAUGCUUUUCCUCUCGAACCGCAGGGACGCUGGUGGCUAGCACUUAACGAGCGGUCUUAAGUCCCUCCCCGGCAUCUCAAAGCCCCUUCGAUUUAUGAGAUAAAAAAAACCAACAAAAAAAAACGUUUGAGAACAUGCU